AAUUGAAACCAACCAUAAGCUCUUUUUAUCUCCGCUCUAAAGGUAGCCCCGAUUAUUGCUGACUUAAGCAUCGGAGUGUCUACCCCGAGUUCCACCUCGGGGCUUUGCAGGUCUUCCCGGAGUACAAGUGCGGACUGAAGAAGUUUGGUGCAAUUACAUUGGCGCCGUCUAUGGGAAUCGAACUGAAAGCUUUCUAGUUGCUCUUCCAUCAUGGUUCACACUCGAUCAAUCCGAGUUGGUAACUCAUCUCUGCCUCUUGGGCAAGGUCAACCCUCUAACAACCUUCCACCUCUGAUCCCCCCUCAAAUCCCAACUCCACUUCCACCUCAGGUCCCAAUUGUGUUCCCUCCUGUUGAUCAUGUAGAAGGAGGAGAUGAAAACCAACCUCAUGCCUCAGCUCACAAUUCAACUUCCACUACCAACCAAGACGUAGUGACAGCUCAACUUGCUGCCAUCGAAUCUCAGGGUCAAUCCCACAUAGCACCUGCUCAACAACCCAUCCCUGAUGAUGUUACUCGCCGCCUCGAUAGCUUGGAAAAGCUAGUGGCUGAACACCGAGGUGCUCCACCACCACACCAUGCUGCUGAUUCUAUACCUCACCCUCUGAAUACCAACAUUACACUGGAACCCUAUCCUGCUGGUUUCAAAAUACCACAACUGGAGACUUAUGACAGGACGAAGGAUCCCGAUGAUCAUUUGCAUGCUUUUUACUCUUGCAUGCAAGCUCAGAAUGCCUCUAACGCGUUGAUGUGCAAGAUCUUCCCCUCUACUCUCCGAGGUAAUGCCCGAACUUGGUAUUACAGUUUACCUCCGAGGUCAAUUAGCUCUUAUACAGAAAUGGCAUCUGCCUUUGCUACUAAGUUUUCCAGUAGAAGGUUGAUUAGGAAAACUACUUCUGAGCUGAUGCGAGUUAAACAGAGAGAUGGAGAAUCUCUGAAGAACUAUAUGAGCAGGUUCAAUGAUGCAGUUUUAGAGGUUAGUUCCUUUGAUCAAGCUGUGGGAAUUGUAGCCGUGAUUUCUGGUGUCAAGCAUGAUAGGUUCAAAGACAGUUUAAUCAAACAUGCUGCCACCACCUUUAGCGAGGUGAAUGAUAGGUCUCUCAAAUUUAUAAUUGCUGAGGAAUACGCCCUGGCACAGAACCCACCUUCCUCUAAGAACCAGAACCCAGAUUGGAGAGAUGACAACUCAAGCAGGAAAAGGAUGAGGAUGGCGCAGAACCGAGGUCCGAUGUUGACCUCCCCAACGAGAGUCAGAAAGCCGAACUCAACACCCCAACGAGAUCAAGGCCAUACUACAGAGCAGUGUAACAGUUUAAGGUCCGAACUCGAAAGUUUAACUCAGAAAGGAAUGCUGAAUGAACAAGGUGUGGAAUAUCAACAAGCCCCACCUCCGCUCCCACCACCAGCUAGAAUCAUACACAUGAUUACGGGAGGCCUUGAAGCAGGGGGGCUGAGCUCUAAACAGCGAAAGCUGUAUGUCAGAGAGGUUAAGCAUCAGAAUCGAGCUCAGAAGCGGAAGAUUGACGAUGCUGAGUGGAAAACUCAACCCAUUACUUUCACAUCUGCUGAUCUUGAUACAGUUCGUGUCCUUGUUGAUACCGGAAGUGCACCAGAUAUCAUGUACUUCCAUUGUUUCGAGAGUCUUGGACUGGAUCCAGCGUUGUUGCAGAAAUAUGAUGGUCCUAUUUAUGGCUUCAACAACCAACCUGUUCCGGUGGAAGGAGUUCUUACCCUUCAUGUGGCUUUUGGGAGUGGCCGAACCUAUGUAACCCCUUCAGUCCGGUUCCUCGUAGUCAAAAUGGCGUCUUCUUUCAACAUUGUUAUUGGCCGACCCACACUGACUGAAAUCCGAGCUGUGGUUUCCCAGUCUCACCUCUAUAUGAAGUUCCCAACUCCUAUGGGAAUAGCAACACUGCGAGGAAACCAGGAGGUGGCCAGACAUUGUUAUAUCACCUCAGUAACACAACCAACGAAGGGCAAAGAUCAGACACCCGAGGCCAUUCCCCAGCGAAUUCCUGAUAAUCAGCAAGUUAUGGGUGUAGAGAUCGUCGAUAAUCGACCGGACGAUGAAACCAGGGCUGCUCCGGUCGAAGAUGUUGAAGAAGUGCUCAUUGAUGACAGAGAUCAGAGCCGAAAGACGCAAAUCGGAACUAGAUUGAACCCGAAAGAGAGAGCAGAGCUGAUAGCUUUUCUCCGAGCUAACAAUGAUGUAUUUGCAUGGACUUCGGCAGAUAUGCCAGGAAUUCCAAAAUCAGUGUCUCAACAUAAGCUUGGCACCAACCCAUUGAAGAAACCAGUGGCCCAAAAGUGGCGUCUCUUCAGGGGAGAGAGACUUCAGGCUAUUAAAGAGGAGGUAAAGAAACUUCUACAAGCUGGUUUCGUCAGGAAAGUUGAUUACUGCGAAUGGGUGGCUAACCCAGUCCUGGAUUGCUAUCCGAUGCCGAGCAUUGACAGAUUAGUUGAAGCGGCUUCAGGCAAUGAGAGGUUAAGCCUCUUGGAUGCAUAUUCUGGGUAUCACCAGGUGCCGAUGGCUCCUGAAGAUGAAGAGAAAACCUCAUUCUAUAAAAUGGUGACCAUCGUCUUCCGAGCUCAAAUCGGCAAGAAUCUGGAGGUGUAUGUUGAUGACAUCGUAGUAAGGAGCCGGAAAGCAGAAGACCAUCUAGCCGAUCUCAAUGAAACCUUCAACAACCUCAGAAAGAACAGAAUGCGGUUGAACCCAGCCAAAUGUAUUUUUGACGUGGAGUCUGGAAAGUUUCUGGGUUUCAUGGUGUCCCGAAGAGGGAUUGAGGUUAAUCUAGAAAAAAUUAGAGCAAUUGCUGAGAUGGAACCACCGAAAUCAGUAAAAGAUAUACAGAGGUUGACUGGAAGAGUGGCAGCCCUUCAUCGAUUCAUAUCGAAGUCAGCAGAUAAUCAGGAGUGCCAGGCUGCAUUCGACGAGCUGAAGUCUUAUCUUAGCUCACCACCUCUACUGACUAAGGCUGUCGAUGGAGAGAUUCUUUACUUGUACCUGGGGAUUUCAGAUGAGGCCAUUAGUUCAGUUCUGUUGAGAGAAGAAGCCAAACAACAGAAACCAAUAUAUUAUAUCAGCAGUGUAUUACACGGAGCAGAGCUGAGAUAUCAUAUAGCGGAGAAAGCAGCACUAGCAGUUGUCACUUCGGCAAGGAAAUUGAGGCCAUAUUUCCAGUCACACCCAAUCAUCCAGAGAUCCGCAAUCCGAGCUCAAGCACUAGCAGAUUUCAUUGUUGAAUGCACCCCAUGUCCUUCAACCUCUACUCCAGAGCCCAACGACUGGACCUUAUAUGUUGACAGAGCAUCUAGUAGCAAGGGUUCAGGGGCUGGCGCUCUAUUGAUUGGUCUAGAAGGAUACCGAAGCAAACAUGCCCUGAAGUUCAACUUUGAUGCGACAAAUAAUAUGGCUGAGUAUGAAGCUCUGCUACUUGGUCUACAGCUAGCAUUGGAGUUGAAAAUCAGUACAAUUCAAGUAUACAGUGACUCCCAGUCGGUGGUAAACCAAAUUAACUCAAUUUGUGAAGUUGUUGAUCCCGUAAUGGUGAAGUAUGUAGCCCUGGUGGCCGAGCUGAAGUGCAGAUUUCAGAAAUUCUGUCUGAGUAAAAUCCCCCAAGCUGAGAAUGAACAGUGUUUAAACCCCUAUGAAGCUGAAUAUGCACUUCGAGAGGUGCAUGAAGGUGUCUGUGGGAGCCAUGUCGGUGCUAGGACUCUGGCUCACAAAGUCUUAAGGCAAGGAUAUUACUGGCCAAACAUGCAUAAAGAUGCCACUUACUUUGUUCAGAAAUGCCCGAAAUGUCAAUUCUUCGCACAUCUGACUCACCAACCAGCAGAGGAACUCACGAACAUGGUAGCACUGUGGCCAUUUGCUCAGUGGGGAUUGCAUCUUUUAGGCCCAUUCGUGAAAGGGGUUGGUGGUGUAACCCAUCUGGUUGUUGGUGUGGAUUAUUUCACAAAGUGGGUAGAAGCUCGGCCUUUAUCUAGUCUUACCUCUAAGAAGGUCGAAGAUUUUGUUUUCAGCUCGAUCAUCUACAGAUAUGGGAUCCCGAAUCAAAUUGUGGCUGAUAAUGGAACUCAAUUCAAUUGCUCCUCAUUCCGAGAUUUCUGUUCCAGUUAUGGGAUUAAGUUACAGUUCACCUCCGUUUACCAUCCGGAGUCCAAUGGCAUGGUUGAAUCUGUUAACAAAUGCAUUUUAGAAGGUAUAAAGCUGAAAUUGGAACAGCAUAAGGCCAAGUGGGCAGACGAGCUCAACAACGUCCUCUGGGCAUACAGAACCACAAGCCGAACUACCACAGGUGAAACACCCUACCAUUUGGCCUUUGGUACCGAAGCAGUCAUUCCUGUUGAAAUAGGAGUCCCAAGCCUCCGGGUUACCCAUUUCGAUGAAGGACGAAAUGGACAACUGCUUUGGGAAAACCUUGAUCUGCUUGCUGACGUCAGAGAAGAAGCUUGGCUUCGAACUCUUGUAUACAAGCAGAAACUAGCCAACUUCUACAAUAAACGGGUCCGCCCUCGAACAUUCAAAGUAGGAGACCUAGUUCUCAGAAAAGCUGGUCUAACGGGACGCUGAA